GCACUAAAGAAUAAGAGAAAGAGGAUAUCCACUAUAGAGGCCGGUCCUCACCAUUCUAGCUUUGGAAAAACACCUUCUUCAUACUUGAAAGUUCAGAGUUGAAACCAAAGGUGUCAGGUGUGAGAAAAUGGAAGGCGUUGACCACUUGGCUGACGAGAGAAACAAAGCAGACUUCGAUGUCGAACAGAUGAAGAUCGUUUGGGCGGGUUCCCGCCACGCGUUUGACCUAUCUGACCGGAUUUCUCGCCUCGUUGCCACCGAUCCUGUGUUUAGAAAGGAUGAUAGAACCAUGCUUGGUAGAAAGGAGUUGUUUAAGAACACUUUGAGGAAAGCAGCUCAUGCUUGGAAAAGAAUUAACGAGCUUCGUCUUACUGAGGAGGAAGCUUAUAAGCUGAGGUUCUUUGUGGACCAACCUGCCUUUACGGAUCUUCAUUGGGGAAUGUUUGUGCCUGCUAUCAAAGGAUCAGGCACUGAUGAGCAGCAGCAGAAAUGGUUGCCUUUGGCUUAUAAGAUGCAAAUAAUUGGUUGCUAUGCACAAACAGAACUUGGUCAUGGAUCCAAUGUUCAAGGGCUUGAGACAACUGCAACUUUUGAUCCCAAAACCGACGAAUUUGUUAUUCAUAGCCCCACAUUGACUUCCAGCAAAUGGUGGCCUGGUGGAUUGGGUAAAAUAUCCACACAUGCUGUUGUUUAUGCCCGUCUGAUAACUAAUGGAAAAGAGCACGGAGUGCAUGGUUUCAUUGUCCAGCUGCGGAGCUUGGAUGACCAUUCACCCCUUCCAGGUAUAACUGUUGGUGAUAUUGGAAUGAAAUUUGGAAGUGGAGCUUAUAACAGCAUGGAUAAUGGGGUUCUUAGAUUUGACAAUGUGCGAAUUCCAAGGAACCAAAUGUUAAUGAGGUUUUCACAGGUUACAAGAGAAGGAAAAUUUGUGCACUCAAGUGUUCCAAGACAAUUAGUUUAUGGUACCAUGGUCUAUGUGAGGAAAACAAUUGUAACUGAUGCAUCCAUUGCUUUGUCACGAGCAGUUUGCAUUGCUACAAGAUAUAGUGCAGUACGAAGACAAUUUGGGUCACAGAAUGGAGGUAUUGAAACACAGGUGAUUGAUUACAAGACACAGCAGGCUAGGCUAUUCCCUUUGCUAGCUUCUGCUUAUGCAUUCAGAUUUGUUGGGGAGUGGUUGAAUUGGCUUUAUACUGAUGUGACGCAAAGAUUGCAAGUCAACGACUUUUCAACACUGGCUGAAGCUCAUGCAUGCACUGCAGGGUUGAAAUCCUUGACUACUUCAGCUACUGCUGAUGGAAUUGAAGAAUGUCGCAAGCUAUGUGGCGGCCAUGGUUACCUUAAUAGCAGUGGUCUCCCUGAGUUAUUUGCAGUCUAUGCUCCUGCAUGCACAUAUGAAGGAGAUAAUUAUGUGCUGCUUUUACAGGUGGCAAGGCAUCUUAUGAAGACUGUUUCUCAGCUGGACUCUGGUAAUAAGCCCACUGGUACUACAGCUUAUUUGGGUCAAGUCGAAAAACUGUUGCAGUAUCGUUCUGAUGUUCAGAGAGCCGAGGAUUGGUUGGAGCCAAAUGUUGUGCUGAAAGCAUUUGAAGCUAGGGCUGCUUGGUUGUCUGUUGCUUGUGCUCAAAACCUUAGCAAGUUCACCAAUCCUGAAGACGGUUUCCAAGCACUCUCAGCUGAUCUCGCUGAGGCAGCAGUGGCUCAUUGCCAAUUAAUUGUUGUUUCCAAAUUCCUUGAGAAGUUGCAACAAGAUAUACCUGGAAAGGGUGUGAAACAGCAAUUACAAGUUCUUUGUGGGGUUUAUUCUCUGUUUCUUCUUCACAAGCAUUUGGGUGAAUUUCUCUCUGCUGGCUGCAUCACUCCAAAACAAGGAUCACUUGCCAAUGAGCAAUUGAGGUCCUUGUAUUCCCAGGUUCGGCCUAAUGCGAUUGCGCUUGUUGACGCAUUUAACUACACUGAUCACUACCUCGGUUCGGUUCUUGGUCGGUACGACGGAAAUGUGUAUCCAAAGUUGUAUGAGGAGGCAUGGAAGGAUCCUUUGAAUGAAUCAAUCGUUCCUGAUGGCUUCCAUGAGUAUGUUCAACCAAUUCUUAAGCAGCAGCUUCGUAAUGCUAGGCUUUAGAUGAUUUAAUACCUGGUUUGUUAAUUUACACCUAGUAAAUUCUAUCUACUUUAAUUGUGUUUUAAAGAGUGAAUUAAUAAACUUGCACGGAAGGAUAAAUAAAGAGAGGUGUGAGGAACAUAACAAUCAUAAUUGUUGAUUAGAAGGAAGAUGCUUUUGGUUA